GUUACAUAAAUAAUACAGUAAUACAAAUAAAACUAUUAUCAAUUCUAUAUUCACCCGUACCCUAAUUUAAGUACUACUAUUAUAAAAGCUUGUAACUAAAUGAUAAGCGUACUUUUUACAAUGCCAAGAUGUGAUGUGUAUCGAUAUAACCUUUUUAAAGAAAGAAGAUCCAAUACGUCUUACGCUAGUCCUUGUGGUCUAAUGGAUAAGAUGCCCGGUACAAUCAUACCAACCACUACGGCUAUCCGUAGCUAGGAGCUAGGAACUAGGAGCUAGGGUAUAGACCUUAGGUCAAAUCCCGCAUGCUAGCACCAAUUUUCUUAGGAAAUACUUUUCAGAUCUUCACGUACAACUUGCACACAUACAUACUCACUCGCAUUUAAUACCAAAAUAUAUAUUUUUUAAAUAAUCACGAGGCUGCGCAAAUUAUUAUUUGAAAAAAAAAAAAAAGUUUUUUCAUUUGAAAUUUGUCUCUAUUCAUUUAGUUUACAACUUAUUUAACUUUAGGCGAGUCACGAAAAUCCAUAUUCGGAAAUCUGUUUUAUUUGCCUCAGUAAAUUAUAAAACAUUCAGUAUACGAUGAAGAAGGUGGUUAUUAGAAAUAAUAAGUGUAUUAUGUAUGGUUAUUAGAUACACAGAUUAUUUUAAUAGUUGUGAUUAGAUAAUUAUAAACAAUACUGGGGAUAAAAAGAUGCCACUGCCUCAGAAGUAAUAGUGUUCUGUGCCACGGCCUCCGGUGUCUACAAUUAUGUGUCAGUGAUUCGAUUAUUCUGUCACUCGAAUUCGAUCUAUCGCUAAAAUUAGUUUAUAUAGUUUAAUUCUAGUUAUUAGUGACAUAGAGUAUGUUGCUAUUCCGACAGAAUAUUGAUGGCAACAUUAACAGUAACGUCAAAAAAGGAACUGGUUAAUUAACUGGCAUUCUAGUUGUUGCGUUUUAAGCGUUUUAUUUUUUAUAAUCUUGAAUAAAUUUUGUUAUCUAAGGAACUUCUGUUGGACAGUCAUUGAAUUAAAAAAAAAACCGCGUUCUUGAUGAAUGUGUAAACAAGUGAUUGAAAUUGGAGGCCGUAAAUCAUAGUGGGCCGGACGCUUGGCAAUUGUCACGCCAAUCUUGUGGAGUUCGUAAUUAGCCCGGGACACCGUGGGGAAUACCGAAUUGCUGAUCGAUGGUGUGUCGGUUGCCGCGGUGACUGUGGGGACGCGUGUGCCUUUGGCCGGUGACUCAUAACAGGACGUAGGGAUGGACACUGACGAUGGCGAGUCUUCAAGUAGCGGGCCUAUGUCUAGCCUUAACAGCCUAUUCUCAUUUACCAGUCCCGCUGUCAAAAAACUACUUGGCUGGAAACAGGGCGAUGAAGAAGAAAAAUGGGCUGAGAAAGCAGUAGAUAGUUUAGUCAAAAAGCUCAAGAAGCGGAAAGGUGCUGUCGAGGAGUUGGAGAGGGCUCUCUCGUGUCCUGGGACACCAUCGAAGUGUGUCACAAUACCCCGUUCAUUAGAUGGAAGAUUACAGGUUUCUCAUCGCAAAGGCUUGCCGCACGUGAUAUACUGUCGAGUUUGGAGAUGGCCGGACCUUCAGAGCCACCAUGAACUCAAACCUCUAGAGAUUUGCCAGUUUCCAUUUAGCGCCAAACAAAAAGAAGUUUGCAUAAAUCCCUAUCACUAUAAGCGUGUCGAGAGCCCCGUACUCCCACCUGUCUUAGUGCCACGGCAUUCAGAGUUCGCUCCCGGCCAUUCUCUAUUGCCAUUCCAAAGAACCGCCGAACCUUCUAUGCCCCACAAUGUCUCUUACUCUGGUUCAGGUUUUCCGCCUUCAGCCAGCUCUGAAUUACCAGACACCCCGCCUCCAGCGUACUCGCCGCCUUCUGAAGACUCUGAACCUCCUGGCGAGGUGGCCCCAGUUUCCUAUCAAGAGCCCCUAUAUUGGGCUUCAGUCGCAUACUACGAACUAAACUGUAGGGUGGGUGAAGUGUUCCACUGUAACUCCCAUUCUGUUGUCGUCGACGGCUUUACUGAUCCUUCGAACAACAGCGAUAGGUUCUGCCUUGGGCAACUCAGUAACGUUAAUAGAAACUCCACUAUAGAAAACACAAGGCGUCACAUAGGGAAGGGAGUGCAUUUGUAUUACGUAGGGGGGGAAGUGUACGCGGAAUGUCUGUCUGACGCUGCGAUAUUCGUGCAGAGCCGUAACUGCAAUCACCAUCACGGCUUCCAUCCGUCGACCGUGUGCAAGAUCCCGCCCGGCUGCUCGCUGAAGAUCUUCAAUAACCGGGAGUUCGCGCAGCUGCUGUCCCAGAGCGUGAACCACGGCUUCGAGGCGGUUUACGAGCUGACCAAGAUGUGCACUAUCCGGAUGUCGUUCGUGAAGGGCUGGGGGGCGGAGUACCACCGGCAGGACGUGACGUCGACGCCGUGCUGGAUCGAGAUCCACCUGCACGGGCCCCUGCAGUGGCUCGACAAGGUGCUGACGCAGAUGGGCUCCCCGCACAACGCCAUAUCCUCCGUCUCCUAGCCUCCCCACCCACCGUGAUCCUGAAUAGAUACUAAAAUCUCAUUUUGAUUUUUUUUUUAAUUUGCAUUUGAUUAUUUUAAGUUUUAACGGUUUCUUUGAUACGAUCGUGACUUUGAUAAACUUACGUUGGUAUUUUAUUAUUAUUAUUAUUAUUUUAAUAUGUUAUUAUUUUUACAAAAUUUAGAUGAGUUUUGAUUAAUUCGUUUUUUUUUUUUUUAUAUAACUUGUAUUUUAUUAUUAUGUUUGCUGUUGUAUCGAAGCCAAAAUGGCGUCUAAUGCAGCUCAAAUUAAGUGUCCAACUUUUUAAAGAGGUAAGGUAGUGUGAUCGUUUGUUACGAUUACAAUAAAGACAUAAUUAAGGAUUUAAUUAUACUCGUGAAAGUUAUGACAAGGUAGAAAAGAUAUUAUUUUGUAUAUACAUAUAUAUAUUAUGUAUAACAAGUGCUUUUGUGGGAAUUUUGCAUAGGGAUGUAGUAUAAAAGUAAUAAUUAAAAACUCACUCUCUUAUAGUCUAUUCUUUUUAUAUAUUUAAUCUUUGCAUGUGUAUUUUUGUCAUAAGAAUAGAGUAUAAAACUGAAACUUUAUAUCGGAAUAGCAAUUUGCUGGUUGAAUUCAAUAGUUGCACUAAUAAAUACUAAGGUUUUGCGAACCUGCGAUUGACUGCGGACGAUGCUCAUUUGUAUGAAAUAGUUUGUGAACGAUCGCGGGCGAUGUUUUCACUUUCAUUAAGUUUCAUACAAACCAGUUGGUUGAUCUCUGCAGCGGCGGCUAAGCAACAAUGCCGCUAGUUUUGAAAGUUUACCUUAAAAGACAUAAAUGGAACGUUUAUUUUGAAAGUGGUGUAAGUCCAUUUUCUUUUGUUUCGAGAAAAUUAAAGGUUACUAUAUUUGUUGAUUUAAAAAUACAGGCAAAUCAUAUGAGGUCUGGCUAUGCCACCUACCUCUGUCAAUUGGACUUACAUCACUUUCAUAAUCGAUGAUUAUGCAAUUUUAUUUACCGACCGAUUUUAAGUUGUACAAAACAUGGGAUUUUUUUGAGAAAUUAAACACGGUCUAGUUAUUUAAAAAAAAUUACAUUAAAUUAAGCAUGAAUUACGUGAUAGCUCAUUUUUCUCAAAAAUUGGCCUUUUUUUUAUUUUAUUGCUUAGAUGGAUGGACGAGCUCACAGCCCACCUGAUGUUAAGUGGUUACUGGAGCCCAUAGACAUCUAUAACGUAAAUGCGCCAACCACCUCGAGAUAUAAGUUCUAAGGUCUCUCAGUAUAGUUACAACGGCUACCCCGCCCUUACUUAGUGACUUACACCACUUUCAAAAUAAACGGUCCAAAUUUGAAGUCUAAUAUCAAAACUGUAGCUGGAAAACAUAGCCGGUGUGCACUAAUCGCUAAUUGCUCAAACUAUCUUUUUUUUUAACAUGUGCCAUUAUUUGAGAACGUCGGCGAAAUGUCGUGUUUUGUUUUAUAUAUACAUAUUAUAUUUUUUAUUUGAAAAUAAUUGACCUGCAAAUUCCCACAGAUAACGUGCGUAGUUAAGUAAUGAUAUUAAAUAGUUAUUAUUAUAGAGAGGAACGUUUAUGAUAGUUAUAAGAAUAAAUAUAGGUUUUUAAUUUAGUUCUGGAAGCGUAGCAUUAAUAAUUUUUUUACUAACAUUUGGUUUUGAGGUUAUUAAUUACAUGUAUAUCCAUUUGCAUGAAAAAAAAUAAGAAAAAAAUAGACACAGAGUUAGUGACGUCCAGUUCGGGAUAGUCUGUGGUGGAAUGGCGUCAUAAACUCAUUUCCUAAUGAACGUUCGACGCAAGCGCACGUCGCUGAGCAGCUGAGACGUGGAAAUUAAUAACGCAAUAACAUUAAUACGCUAAAUAAAUUUAAAAGAGCCCUAGAACUCAUGAGGUUAAUGAUAAUUUAUGAGAAAUGAACGAAUUUUACCAAAUAACAUUAAAAUUAAUUGUCUAAUGUAUUUUAUUCAAAAAUGUUUAACUAAAAAGUUGUACUGAAAUUUUUUUUGGGAAUUUUCUCUUAUUAUUUGCCGAUUUAACACCACAUAAUUGAAAAUGAAUAAUUUAUUCGUUGUCUGGAAAACGAAGUGCCAUCAAAAAACAUAUUGAUAUUUAGUUUUUUUUUUUGUUUGAAGGGACACACGGCAUUAUGAAACAAAUGGGUUUUGUUGAUAUCGAAACAAAGUAAUAUCGAUACGUCUCUAUAUAGACGUUAAAGUAAGACACUUAGAUACGUCUCUGUAUACAGUUUUCGUAUUUUCGGAUCUCGUUGGCUGAAAUCGAUGAUAAAACAUGUAAAAAUAACCAAAGGUUUGCGUGCACGUUACAUUAAAUUUGAUAUACAGGGUGUCCCGAAAAGAAUGGAUAAUCCUGAAACACCUCAUAGUAGAGCUAUUGGGGACACCAAAAAAAUAAUAAUAAAACGAUUAAACCGUAAAAGUUAGGUAUUAUAAAAUAUAUACAGGUGUCUGUCACCUCGAUUUAAUUUUUUGGUUAAAUGGUUAACAAAGCCCAUAGAUAUAUGUGAAUGAUACUAGGUUGAUACUGUCAGACUUGUGAUUUAAGUCUGUAUAGUACCUAUAUAACGGGAGGCCCGUACUUCGAAGUGGUAAUAGGCAAGGUGGAGGUACCUGCUAGUGUAACUCACUAGAACCACCGGACCUAGCCCAACCACCGGAAAACGAAUAUUCUUCACACCUAAUUAAAACAAAUAUAUCUAUCUACCUUAAAUCGCGGACAUCGCGCAAGAAUAUAUCGAGACGUGAAAGGAUAUUUGGUUCAAGCAACAUUUUUGCAAGUUUACCGGAGAGCCAUUUAAGUUCAAAAUUUUAGAAAAAAUAUCAUAACAAAAAAAACUUCAACUAUUCGAGUGGAGUUUUCUUUUUUGUUUUUUAUUGCCUUUGUAAGCAGACGAACACGGCCCACCUGAUAGUAAGUGGUUACCGUCGCUUCAGCAAUACCAGGGGCAAAGCCAAUCCGCUGCCUACCGCUUAAUACUCUCCACAAGCCUCAAAUCAAAUCAAAUCAGAUACUCAUAGCAAAUAAAACCCACCUUUAAUUACAAUAAAUAAUCACUACAGAGUAUAAAACAAAGUCGCUUUCUCUGUCCCUAUGUAUGCUUAAAUCUUUAAAACUACGCAACGGAUUUUGAUGCGUUUUUUUUUUAAUAGAUAGAGUGAUUGAAGAGGAAGGUUUAUAUGUAUAUUAGCAUUCAUUAAAUAGUGGAGAAAUCAAUAAUAAAUUACAGUUUCCGAAGCGAAGCGAGGGCGGGCGGGUCGCUAAUGUUAUUAUAUAAAUGAUAAAUGUCGCUUAAACCAAAUAAGUCUUUCAUCCCUCGAUAUGUGAAUUUGCGAAUAAUUCCCGUUUUUAUUGUCUCACUAGCUGACCCGGCAUACUUCGUAGUGCCUCAAUCGAUAAAUAAAAGACCUAAACUUUUGUAUAAAAUAAACAUAAAAACAAACAAAAGGAAUCCGUCCGACGGUGGGACAUCAAAGGAAAAACAAAAUUGUUAUUUUUAUUUAAUUCCGAGCAUUUUCAUAUUUAUCUACCUUUUAAACCUUCUCUGGACUUCCACAAGUAAUUCAAGACCAAAAUUAGCCAAAUCGGUCCAGCCGUUCUCGAGUUUUAGCGAGACUAACGAACAGCAAUUCAUUUUUAUAUAAAAUAUAUAGAAGGUAGAAGAUUUGCUUCGUUGAUUUUUUUCUAAAGCUGUAGGUAUAAUGCUUUCAAAGUUUAUACUGUCUGACUUGUUUCGUCGAUUUUUCUAAGCUGUAUAACGCUUAUCGAUAUCAAAUAAUACGCUUUUAUGAAACCAAAAUUCGUAUCGCGACAAAAUGCAAAUACUAUAAUUUUUUUUUUUUUUGUUGAUAAAAUGAUCUCAGAAUGUUAAAAUAUAAGAUUCUAUUAAAAAAAAAAUAUUAGUUCCUCGGAAGAAAUUCGUUACGUUUUGAUGCAUUAUUAAUGAUGUUUGUAAUGAGUGCGAAAUGUGUUAGUUUUUUUUUUUUUUAAAUAAAUAAAAUAAUAUUGCCAUUGAGGAUGCGGGGGAAACCAGAGUGCUGCAAACGAGAUUUGAUAUGUUAUUUAAUGCACAAUAUCAUAAGUCCACAUUUGAAUGUGCUAUGAGAAUCAAAUUAGAUCAUUUCAGAAAAUUAGGAUUUUAUAAGCUUUCUGAUUUCGUGCCUGACAGAGAACGCACUACUUUAGAAUAUGGCGCCAGUAUUUAUCAUGUGCCAUAUGUAUAUGCUACUAACUCUUACACGCGGUUUUGCGCGCGCAAUGUCGAACACGGUAUCCCUCUAGAACUAUCUUAUAGAUUAAAAGUUAUGUCCUUUUCUGUAUCCUUGAAAACUUGUAUGAAAAACUUCAUUAUAUUUGGUUAGUUGAGAUGUGAACGCGCAACAAACAAAUCGACUCACUAUUACAUAAUUUGUAAUAUCCUACUAUUAAUAUAAACGCGAAAGUUUGUAAGAAUGUAUGGAUGUGUGUUUGUUACGGUUUCACGCAAAAACUACUGAAUGAAUUUUAAUGAAACUUUAGAAUAAUAUAGCUUACACAUCAGAAUAACACAUAGGCUAUAAUUUAUAAAGAUAUAUUGUGAAUUACUCAAAAUAUAACGGUAAGUGUCAAGUAAAUCUGCCAUCUUAUUUUCAUAAAUAAUAAUAAAUUACAGUCCCCUAAGCGAAGCGAGGGCGGGUCGCUAGUUAUGCAUAUACCUGCUAGCAUUUGUUCUCGAUCCCUACUAUCAAUUUAAGCGCUUUUAUUGGCCAUUUAAUUUAUUUUACUAUCCAACUGUUUUAGUGAUAAUUUGUUUUUAAAAAACACGUUUAUCGGGUACCCAAUUGAAAGAACGCCGACGACUCCUCAGUUAGGACACAGAACAGACUCAUUUCGAGGGGUGAAAGGCACAAUAUGUAUGCGACAUUUUGUAAUUAAAGAUGCGUUUUAUUUUUGGUAUUAGCAUCAACAUUUCGUUUGUUUUUAAUUAAACUUCAAUUAAAUUUACUCCAUUGAAAUAACUGAAGAAGUUGUGAUUUUUUUUCCAACUUUUAAACUUUAAAUCGCCCUCCUCUAAAAUUGCAAAAAUGUCGCUUAAACCGAAUAGCCUUUCACCACUCGAUUUGUUUAUUCUUUCGUCGGCUUCAUGUCUUGACCACGUAUCUUUGUACUUGAAGUACAUUAUAUUUGAUUUUGAACAUGGAUUGUCAUUUAUGGAUAUAGGGCUGUGUGCUUAGUGCGAGUUUUUUAACGUUCUCGAUGGCGUAAAAGUAAACUCUUUGUAUGGAGUUGGAACAGCGCCAUCUAGCGACAAACGCAGGCAAACGUUCCAACUCCAUACAAAAAUUUGAAUUAACUUACGUUAAAAACUCGCAUUAAGCACACAGAACGCAUCGCUGCUUUGCGACAGAAAUAACUAAAACUACCUAACCUUAUUUAGAGUGUUUUUUUUUUUAUGUUUUAUUGCUUAGCGCUCCUAACGGCAAACGUAGGAACGCUGUAAAAAACUCUCACUAAGCACACAGAGUUCUCGAUAGCCUUAACCCAAUUUAAAAAGUUAACCCAAUUUUGUAUGCUGUUGGAAUAGCGCCCCUAGCGGCAAACAUACGCAAACUAUCCCACUCCAUACAAAUAUGAGCUAACUUUUACGCUAUCGAGAACGUUAAAAAACUCACUAAGUACCCUGUAUUCGGGCGAUGGUCUAACGAAGUCGAUCGUGACAACGCUAAAGCCGCUGUCAACCCACCGCGUUUGACGAAGAAUGGCCCCUUUAGUACGUGUACAUUUUUCAAAACUACUAUGAGAAUUUCUUUUCGAUCCUAAGAAAAAUGUUGUGUAUUUAAAGUUUUCUGGGUCUUUCUCUCGGUCUUGGAUUUCGGCGGUGUAGAUUAACCUCUCCGAAUGGUCAGCUUGAAAUAGAGGUACCCGCAAAAAACCGCAAAGGAAAUCUAUAAAUAUAAUAAUAUAAUAAUAAAAUAAAAUAAUAAUUGUAAUCUAUAAAUAAAUUCGAUAUCGUAAACGGAAGGAACACUCUGGUCCCCAAAUUUGAAAUAUCGCCUUUUCGCAUUAAAAGUACAAUUUCAAAAAAAUAUUCGAAAUUGAGUUAAUAUGCGUGUAAACAUUUGGUAUCACCAGUAUUUUUCUCGUAAAUACUGUCAAAAGAGCGUAGUUUAGUUUUUGUUUUUUUUUUUAGUUUCUAUUUUUUGACUAAUAUUGACAAAAUUAAUACAUACAUCAUUUUAUCUUACUUUAAAAGACAGAUAAUGUAACUGGUAAAAAAUAAAAAAUAAAUGUUACAAAGAUGAUUAAUAUUAAAAAUGUUAAACCUUUAAAACACUCUCCUGUAAAAUUAGUAAGUUUUGAGAUUAUACAGUUUUAAUGCGAGAAGACGAUAAAUCGCUGGGCAUAUGAGCUUUUGAGGAUAAUUACAGUCAAAGCAAAUCGACUCGUAUGUGUUUUGUAUAAGACAGCUAUUGGAUUUACAAGCUGUCUGGAUUGUAUAUGAUAUUAGGGAUUGUCUUUUAAUACCUAUUUAGGAAGGAAAAAAAAUACAGUUUAGUAUUUUUCGUAUGUUUCUAAAGUGCACACAUUUACAAGCAGAUUUAAAAAAAAAAAUCGUAUGCAAUAAUAUUCUUGGAUACUCGUCGUAUCUAAGAUUUAAAAAACAAAUACAUUAAAAACAAAAACUAUAUUUACGUUCAUUGUGAAAAAUAUAAUUCGAUUUAUUCUUAUAAAUAAAUACAUUUUUACUGCGAAAUAUAAUGCAUAUUACACUUGAUAAUUUUGCAAUCGCGAAAGAUGUUUCAUUAAUGUAUUAAGUCUUAUCAGAAUAUAAUAUAUAAUAUUUUUGAAAAAGCGUCUGUUUAAUGCAGUUCACUUUCAUGAUAUUACUUUUCAAAAAUACAAUUACAUUAAAGACGAUUUCAACCAAAAACGCAAAAAAUAUAUAUUUUUUUAUAUUAUGUAAGGCUCUUGAGUAUAUAAACAAAAAUAGCUAGUUUUCGUUCAAAAAGUUAACGACAAAAUUGUGGUCAAGAACAUUAAACAAAAAUCAUUUAAACUUCAAUGAUAUUUUUUUAAUCGUGAAUAAUUGAAUAUGCAAUUUCGAAAAGGGCACAUCUCUGACAAUGUAAAAUGUUCAGGAAAUGAAAAAAACCUGAUCAUUUCCUAAAGCAGUGUAAUAUUUAAAAUAUUAACAUUUGAGAUAUAUUUUAGUGUUAAUUAGCAAUUGAAAAUUACUGGAAUUAUUAUAGAAUGGGUGUAGGUAAGCCUCAAAACUACAUGUAUAUGAAAAAACGUAUUUGACAAAAUAUGCGACAUGUGCCCUUUUCGAAAUUGCAUAUUCAAUUGAUAUCGAUAUUUGACUUCAUUUAGACAUUUAGACGUGAAUACGCAAUCGCAAUAUAACGUUUUAGUUCAAAAUUCUAAUGUUGCCAUUAAUUGAAACAUCCAAAAAAUAAUGACAACUGAAAUAGCGUGCUAUAUUUUUUAAUCCUGUGCCUUUUCUCUUUGAAAGUAUUAAUCGAGUCAUCGACAACGGCCUUAUUGUUUUUAAGAUUUUAUAAAAUAAAUAAAUAAAUAAAAACUUAAUAAAUUUUAUUGCAUUUCUAAUAAAAUUAAAUUUCCUUUCAUAAUUUAUGAUACGUCUAUAUAAAUGAAAAUGUAAAUACUAGUGAUUUUGAGUAUUUUGAUUAUAAUUAAAACAAAUACAUAUGCCUUAAUGUUUGUGAAUGCCCAUAAAUGUAUAUUGAUUAGAAGAAUUAUGAAUGUAUAUUUACAAAAUUACGUACGUAAUGAAGGGAAUGUCGAAAUUUUUACGUAACUUUCUAAAGAUGAAACGGAAUGUAACAAAAUUUUGUAAAAAAAUAUAUAUGUAAGUAAGAAAA